GCGCAAUCAAGCCCGUCGUACAUGUCUGGUGUUCAGACCGGUGAUGCGACCUGGUACCAAACCGGCCUGGGCGCAUGCGGCGUCGUGAACAAGAACACAGACUUCAUCGCUGCGGUCUCGCACUCCCUGUUCGACACCUACCCUGGCUACAGCGACGGGAACCCGAACGAUAACCCCGUCUGCGGGAAGAAGAUUAACAUGCACUAUGGCGGAAAGAGCGUGGCCGUCGAGGUCACGGACCGCUGCACGGGGUGCGCGACGACGAGCCUCGAUUUAUCUCCCAGCGCAUUCCAGCACCUCGCUUCGGAGUCUGCCGGGCGCCUCCACGGUAUGACCUGGGAGUGGGCUUAAGCUUGUUCUCGUCUGGAAGCACUGCAGUUGUCAGCUGUUCGAUUGCUAUAGGUAUUUAUUUCGCGUGAAUGAAGGUGUUUUGAGUUUAAUGCUGGGUUACUUGGUAUAUACACGAUGCUGUUGUAUUAUGCCAGUGUGUAAUCGGGACAUAUGUCUUUCGGGAUUUGGUAUAUU